UGAGAUUUCCUGAGCCAGGAAAGGUGGCUGGCUGGACUCACAGCAGAGAGCUUCCCGAGCCGGCUGGCGUGGGUUACCCGCACCACCGGAAUGCGGUGGCCAUCGCUUUUUCCAGGACUCUGCUUUCUGCUGAGCUUGUCCGGAGAUGUGGCUCAGACGCCCAAAGCUACCUGUCCCAACUGCCCCUCAAAUGCUUCCUGUGUCAACAGCACCCACUGCACCUGCAACCCUGGAUUCGUUUCUGGAUCUAAACAGACAUUCUUCACGUUCCCCUUGGAAACAUGUGACGAUGUCAAUGAAUGCCUACCACCCUUUAGUAUACAUUGCGGAUUAAACGCCGAAUGUCAGAACACCGAAGGAAGCUUCCACUGCCGCUGCGUCCCUGGGUAUGAACUCCCUUCUGGGGACACAGAAUUCAAGAAUUUGAGCGAGAACACCUGUCGGAACGCCUCCGCCUUCAGGAUGGACGAAAGCAAGAAAGAGCUGCAACGGAUUAUUGACCAAUUUGAGACAUUGAUCACCAAUAAUACUCUAUGGCAAAUGGGGAAGAAGCAUGAAGUCGCAUCCACAGCUACAUCUAUCCUCCGGGAUGUGGAACUAGAUGUCCUAAACACCGCUUUGAAAGCCCCAGAGCAAAAAGUCCAGAAAGUCCAAAACAGUACCGUGGCCAUCGAAACUCGAGUGGUCACAGACAAUUGCCCUGAAGAAAAGAAGACAUUCAGCUUGGAGGCCCAGAUGAACUCCCUGGACAUCCACUGCCAUGACAUUGUCCAGGGAAGCAUGCAAGACUGUGUGCCCCGGGCCAAGGAGGAGAACCACGGUGUGAGGGCAGGAGGGUAUGACCGUGACCUCUGCUUUCCUGGGUGGCAGGAGGAGGACCCUGUGCUGGCCGUGGUCACCUACGUGGGGCUGGGCCUCUCGCUGCUGUGCCUCCUGCUGGCGGCCCUCACCUUCCUGCUGUGCAGAGCAUCCAGAAACAGCACCUCCCUGCACCUGCAGCUCUCGCUCUGCCUCUUCCUGGCCCACCUCCUCUUCCUCACGGCCAUCGACCGGACGGAGCCCCAGGCGCUGUGUGCCCUCGUCGCCGGCGCCCUGCACUACCUCUACCUGGCCGCCUUCGCCUGGAUGCUGCUGGAGGGCCUGCACCUGUGCCUCGCUCUCUCCAACCUGACCGUCGCCAACUACUCCGGCACGAACAGACUCAUGAAGUGGCUCAUGUUCCCCGUGGGCUACGGGGUCCCCGCUGUGAUCGUGGCCAUCUCUGCAGCAUCUCACCCUCACCUUUAUGGGACCCCUGAUCGCUGCUGGCUCAGCCUGGAUCAGGGAUUCAUCUGGGCUUUCCUCGGCCCGGUCUGUGCCGUUUUCUGUGUGAACUUAGCAUUUUUCCUCUCCGUCCUUUGGAUUUUGAAACGGAAACUUUCCUCCCUCAAUAGCGAAGUGUCAACCAUCCAGAACACAAGGAUGCUGACACUUAAAGCGACAUUUCAGCUCUUCAUCCUGGGCUGCACGUGGUGCCUGGGCGUUCUGCAGGUGGGCCCAGCCGCCCGCGUCAUGGCCUACCUCUUCACCAUCAUCAACAGCCUUCAGGGUUUCUUCAUUUUCCUGGUCUACUGCAUCCUCAGCCAGCAGGUCCGGAAACAAUACCAAAAGUGGCUCGGAGAGAUCGUGAAACCAAAAUCUGAGUCUGAGACACUGACGCUUUCCAGCAAGUUCGGCCCUGACUCAAAACCCAGUGAGCCUCCCCUUCCUGGAGGGUGUGAGCCCUGAUCACCCGGCUUGAGUUCCUGGUUCUUGCAAUCGGCACCUAGUGUCUCGGUGCCUCUCCCCUGCCCGCGGCGCCCGGCUGCUUUCUGCGCCCGCGCCUGUGUGCCAGGAGGCAGGGCCGAACCAUCUGGCCAGCGCCGCCACAAUCUGAGGCCGCAGCCCGCUGGGGGACUUACAAGCGCAGGCGUGGCAGGCCGAUCGCCCCGCCCGCCGUCCUGCAGGGAGGAGGCCGUUGCCCACCGUGGAAGGGGCUGGGGCUCCCCCCCAGCGGCUCUGCGUACUGCUGAAGGAGGGGUGCGGGAAGCCGCGGGCCUUCCUGGGCGAGAAAACGGUCCUCUUGAGGAACGGAAGAGGAGCCCUCUGGAACUGGGCUGCUGGUACUCGUCCGCUCUUCCCUUGAGCUAACUCCGCCUCGGUGCACCAAAGAAUGAGCUUCCAGCCCCCUGCGAGACUUCUCCCCAUGCGUGUCCCUAUUCCUCCUUUUGGAGAAACCAUAGCAUAUGCUGCUAAGAAGAUAUAUCCCUGGAUCACCACGAUGGGCUCCUAAGCUCUAAAUCUGUAGAACCUCUUCCUGCGGCUCGGUCCCACACCUCCCACGUGCACCCCCACCACAUCCACCCACCAAAGACCCUGAGAAUGUGCUGUUUUUUUAAGUUAAACUACAUUGAGAAUCUUCUGAUGAAUCACCUUCAACCUUCCUUGAGAUACUAUGUGAUUUUCCUCAGCAGCGGAAAUAUUGAGGUCGCUAAAGAAACACCUGUCUUUAGUUUCAAGUCUGGGCACAGUGGCUCACGCCUGUAAUCCCAGUACUUUGGGAGGCUGAGGCAGGAGGAUCGC